GUUUUUUUUUCCCCUCCCUCCUUCCCCUCUCUUGUAAUAAUUCUCCGCACUCGCUGCCUAAUAUCGAGGGAAGAGGGCAGCACGUGCAGCCCAUGAGUGUAAGGCGUCGGCGGAGCGCGCGCUCGAGCUCUCUGCGGACAUCAUGGCCAAGUGGCUGAAGGACUACCUGAGCUUCGGCAGCAGGCGCGUGCCCCCGCAGCCGCCCAAGCCCGACUACACGGAGAGCGAGAUCCUGAAGGCGUACCGCGUCCAGAAGAACCUCGACUUCGAGGACCCGUACGAGGACGCGCAGAUCCGGGCCCGGAGCGAGUCGGCGGCGGCCGACCUGACCGUAGGCGUAGCGCAGCCCGCUUUCGGCUCGCCGCUCAAGUCGGCCAGUCUGGACAUGAAGGCGGUGUCGCCCAAACACAGGCUCAUCAAGGUGGAGUCGCAAGAGCUCGGCCGGAGCAAGAUCCUCCUGAGCGCUGUGUCCCUGGACGAGUCGCCGGGUCCAGUGGUUCCUUCGGCUCCAGCAGCAGGGGACACGGAUUACUCGGACCCCUUCGAUGCCCGCCUGGACGCUAGGUCGGACUCGGAGCUGGGCCCAGCCCCUCCAGAGAACAAUGGCUACAUGGAGCCCUAUGAAGCCCAGCGGGUCAUCGCAGAGUUGCAGCGGGUCCCCGCGGCUGGGCGAUCGAAGGGUGGCGUCCAGCUGUACGACACCCCUUACGAGGAGCGUGGACGUGGGGCCCCGGCCGAGGAGGGCCGGGAAAGCCGGCUGCCCCAGGAUGACGAGCGGCCGGCUGACGAGUAUGACCAGCCUUGGGAGUGGAAGAAGGACCACAUUUCCAAGGCUUUCGCGGUGCAGUUCGAGAGCACAGAGUGGGAACGCUCUUCGUCGCCCACGGAGCGCCACCGACUGCCCAGGACAACCGCCCUAGCAGCUGCCGCUGCCAAGUUGCGGAAGGCCGUGGACCCCCACGUUGUGCUUGGAGAGAGAGUGGACCCCACGUUGCCCUUGGAGAAGCAGGUCUGGUACCAUGGUGCUCUCUCCCGCUCUGAGGCUGAGGCUCUCCUCUCCCUGUGUAAAGAGUGCAGUUACCUGGUGAGGAACAGCCAGACCAACCGGUCUGAUUACUCCCUCUCGCUCAGGAGCUGCCAGGGCUUCAUGCACAUGAAGUUCACACUGUCCAAGGAAGGGAAGUACAUCCUGGGCCAGAACAGCCCGCCCUUUGACACCAUCCCCGAGGUCGUGCACUACUACACCACCCACAAGCUGCCGAUCAGGGGCGCCGAGCACUUGUCCCUGCUUUUCCCCGUGCUGGUGCAGACGCUUUGAAAUUCUGUCCUUGCCGGACACUGCUGCGACACGCGGGUGACCGGCACGUGGAGGAGCUUCUCGCGACCUGCCACGAGAGCUUUCAACAGACAAAGCUUCGGUACAGAUCGAGCCCGAUGUGGUGUCUCGCCGCUCUCUCGUUUCUCUCUCCUCCUUUUUGGCAGCGCCGUUUCACCGGUGUGUGGACUGACGAGUUUCAGGAGCUGAGCUCAAACACCAUGUUGUUCUGUCACUUUGACAGUUUUUGUUGGAUGAACAUGCUUUGCAUCUUUCCUACGGGAUGAGCAUUACAUACACGUUUUUGAUUCCAAGUCCUCUGCCCGGUGAUAACUAUUAACCUCAGAUAGAUAGAGCAAAAUCUUUUUUGUUUUGCUUUCGCACAAACAAAAUAAUUUCUGCACCACAGCUUUCCUAACCUGUACGUGGGAUUUUUUUUAAUAUGUGCCACCAGUCCCGUCACUUUGUUUGGUUUCAUCCCGUUGUCAAGUAAACCACAGCAAUUAGCUGGUGUGAGCUUCUCAGAUGAUCCGCAGUGGACCUCUGGAUGCACAGUGUCACACACUACCUGUACUGCAAUAGAGAAAGGGGUGUCCCCACCCAGUGCUAUUUCUGAUUGUACUUUUAUAAUACACACCUGUUUUUUUUUUCCUUUCCCCCUCCUCCUCUGUCACUGAAUAGUCUGGCCAUUUUCACUGCCUGGGUUGCAGUGCUCUGCAUCUUAAUGUGUCAAAUGCUAUAGACAGCCGUGGCUGAGAUUGUCCC